UCCAGAAUGGGUAUAACACAUGAAUACUGACUUGAUAUACAGUGUUUGAAAAUGGCUGAUAAUGUAGUUGUGGAUAUUGGAGAAGAAGUAAUAAGGUUUGCUCAUGAUCAAGGUCAUGUUAAAGCCAGUAAAGACACGAUAAACUGGUCAGGGGUCGGUACCAAGUGUGGAAAAGUAAAAUUCGAAAAGAGUCACUACUCUAAAACAUCUAGAACAAUAAGUGUGGGGAGCAAUGAGUACCAAGAUGUUUUGGAUAAAUUGGUCGUGAAAAUGGGGGAAAAUAAUGAAGAUAAUGUUGUCACUGCUGUUGAGUAUGAUUUACAUAAAGAUGUUUCUAAAGCAAGUGGAUUGAAAUCAUCAGGACAUGGGGUUUGUGUGGCGGAUGAUUGCUUGAUUAACUUAACAGGAAAGCCAACAACAUGUUACGUAUCUUUUAGUUCAAAUAUGAAGAAAACUUGUCAAGCUGGUGUGCAGUUAACACAUACACUGCAGUGCGCGACUAAUGCUAAUCCAAGUAUGACAAGAAGAAACUCUGAUAAUGUUUUGUUUAAGAAAGAAAGAACAAACCUACACAACAGUGGUGGGAAUAAAAACUUAUCAAAAAUAUUGUUGUCGCCAAAGUUCCGAACUUCCAUACACCUUCCUGGCGUUACAAGGAAAACAAUUGUAAUUCCUUUUACAAACAACCCAAAAAUCAAAGCAGAAAUGCCACCAGGGUUAAAGGUUCCUAUUGAGAUAACAGAAACCAUAGAAGAGGAGAAAGGUUCUCUGUCUGCUGAUUACUUCAUAUGGGGGUGCGUGAUGGUUACAGUAUGGGGCAAACCAUACAAACUUACACUUGCAGAUAUUCUGGAUCCAAAAAACAACUCGUUGUUUACAAGAGACAACAUACGUUUGAACAAGAAAUUCAACAUCAAUUCUACCGACACUGAACAAGCAGUGAAGUUUGAAAUAAAGGGAGUGUAUGAAAGUAAAAAGAUUCACUACAAUAUCAAGCUUAACUUUCCAAAUACUCUACUCAGACGACCAAUUAACAAUGUUGUAGCAUUAAAAUGUAAAUGCGACACAAUUCAACUUCCAUACAACAUACAAGAUGAUGGUUACUGCGAAUUAAGCAAUAAAAAUCUUGCCAAGAUUAUUCUACGAUGGAGACAAAUACAAUAUUCCUUUAGAGACAAUCACACGAAACGAGAUAACAGUUUGUUAUGGAAAGUAAUUAAAUCAUCGGAUACUGAACUUGCAAAGUUUGCCCGUACGACAGAAAUCGAUAAAUGUUGCACGAGUUCAACGGCAGUUGAUAAAUUCCUACUUUCACUAAUUUUAUGGAGAGAAGAAUGCGAGACAAUUAAUGAGCUGGCUGAUUUGAAAUGGGAGAAUGUUAACAAACAAGCAAAACAUUUAACUCAACAGUUAUUUAAGUUGGGAAUGCCAGUGCCUGUGAUAAACUUUUUAUGGGACCAAGAAAGCCAAAAUGAAGCAUUGCAAUGCCCGGUACAUAAGUUUUUACCGGCAAAAAUUCCUGAACCAAAGUGUUUGAAAAACUCAGCGCAAAUUAAGAUGAAGUCCCAGCUACCUGAUCGAGUACUUAACAGAUUAUCCCAGCGUUGGGACCUACAAGAUGGUUGGGUGUCAACUGCAUUGUUCCUGGGAGUCGACUUACAUAAUGUUCAUAGACUAGCUACAAGUGAUGAUAGUUAUAACACGGUGGCUGAUAAAAUAAUGAUGUGUUUUAAACUGUGGAGGAUUCAACAUAGAAGGAAUUCUAUUGGUGGCAAUGAUGGUAAAGGCGCGUGGUGUUCUAUAUGGGACUUAUGUGAACAACUAAGUGAGAUGGGAACGCAAGAAGAAGUUUUCAACUUCCUUUGGUUGGAUAGCGAAACUACACCAUGAUAUUAAAAGCUCACUAAAUUAAAAAAAUACUACAAACUGCUUACUUGGUACUAUUUAUAGGCGCCAGACUUUUUAAAAUGCAAGGGAGGCAGGGUAGGUAAACACACCUUUAACACAAAACUAAAUUUUUUGGAUGAAAAAUUGCAAGAA